GCGAGGAGAGGAGUUCAACUCAUCCGGCAGACCUGUCUGAAACACCCGGCUUCUCCACACUGUCCGACCUCUCAAAAAAAAUAGUUAAGAACAGUAACAGUCCUAGUCUCAGCGUGAGAUAUAGUGACUUGCAGGGAAUUCCGGUGAGCACCUUAGCCUGAAAUGGAUGGUCCGAAUUUCUCAAAUGACUCUUACCCGGCGGAGAGGAGGUGAAGGGUGAAGACAGUCGGGGAGAGAUCUACAACAAGUUUAGAGGGAAGUGAGAUGUUCGUCGUAGCCUCUAGCUGGGACUCUUAACGGAGUUGUACAACCGGUCCUCGGUCUCUUGAACGCCGAGAACCCCCAGGACUAUGCUGCCAGAAUGCUGGCGAGGAAAAGCAUCAUCCCCGAGGAGUAUGUCCUGGCCCGGAUCGCCGCCGAGAACGUCCGACAACCGCGCUACAUCGUCCGGCCUCGCCAACCCCGCUUCAUCGACAAGAACGGGGCUUGCAACGCCGCCCACAAGAACAUCAGAGAACAAGGGCGCUUCCUGCAGGAUGUCUUCACCACGCUGGUCGACCUGAAGUGGAGAUACACCCUCUUCGUGUUCACCAUGUCCUUCAUCUGCAGUUGGCUGCUCUUCGCCAUGAUGUGGUGGCUGGUGGCCUUCGCUCACGGCGACCUGGACCACGCCUGGAGCUCGUCCUUCGAGCCUUGCGUGACCAAGGUGAGGUCCUUCACCUCGGCCUUCCUCUUCUCCAUCGAGGUGCAAGUCACCAUCGGCUUCGGCAGCAGGAUGGUGACGGAGGAAUGUGCCACGGCCAUCACCUUGCUCAUCACGCAGAACAUCUCGGGGCUGAUCAUCAACGCCGUCAUGCUGGGCUGCAUCUUCAUGAAGACGGCCCAGGCCCACCGGCGAGCAGGGACCCUGAUCUUCAGCCGCCACGCCGUGGUGGGCCUGAGGAACGGCAAACUCUGCUUCAUGUUCCGGGUGGGCGACCUGAGGAAGAGCAUGAUCAUCAGCGCCUCGGUGAGGAUGCAGGUGGUGAAGAAGACCACCACGGCCGAGGGCGAGGUCAUCCCCAUCCACCAGGUGGACAUCCUGGUGGACAACCCCAUCGACACCAACAGCAUCUUCCUGUUGGCGCCGCUCACCAUCUGCCAUGUCAUCGACAAGCGGAGCCCGCUCUACGAGGUCUCGGCCAGCGACUUGCAGAAGCAGAACCUGGAGGUCAUCGUGAUACUGGAAGGGGUGGUGGAGACCACGGGCAUCACCACCCAGGCCAGGACCUCCUACAUCGCCGAGGAGAUCCUGUGGGGCUACCGCUUCGUGCCCAUCGUGACCGAGGAGGACGGCAUCUACUCGGUGGACUAUUCCAAGUUCGGCAAAUGGAUUAAAGUGUCCACUCCGCGUUGCACGGCCCGGGAGCUGGACGAGAAGCCGUCCAUCCUGAUCCAGGCCCUCCAGAGGAGCGAGCUGUCCCACCAGAACUCCCUGAGGAAGCGGAGCUCCAUGAGGAGGAACAACUCCAUAAGGAAGAACAACUCGUUUUUAAACAAAGUCCAAUUUUUUACCCCAGAUGCCACGGAAUACUGAUUAAUUCCAACCUUCGAAGUCGGAGAUUGUUAAUACCCAAAGUGCAAGCAUUUGAUGGUCCCCCACACACAAGAAACUGCAGAUGCUGGAAUCUUGAGCAAAAGAGAAAUUGCUGGAGGAACUCGGCUGGUCAGACAGCAUCUGUGGAUGGAAUGGACAGCAGACGUUCCGGGUCAGGACUCUGUUUGGAAACAUCCAUGUUUUGCAAGUGGACCUGUAGAUGUUGCAGAUUGAGAUAUCUCUAAUAAAGCAGUUACUUUUGUUGCUACAUCCAGAUGAAAUGACAUUAUGAUCUGAAGCUACACUCCAACGGUAUAAAGUGUGUUUUUCUCUCUCACUGCUGAAUGUUCUGUAAACGUAUUAGAAAGGUGACAAGUAUUUUGUUUACAUUUUGCCAAAAAUGCAUUUGAAUUUCUUUGACCAUGCCCAUAUUGAUUGAACCAACGAGGUGGAAGAUACAUCACAGAUCUUCUAAUACUACAUUAAUUUUAAUAUGCAAAGGAGCAUUUCAGUUUACUAAAUUACAGAUAGCCACUCCAUUCUGCCUUC